AUGGCUUCCUCAAUGCUCACUGGUCUUCCACCUCCCAUCUCCGUCUAUCCGUCUCUCUCUUUCCGGCCAGUAUCACUUUCCUUGAUGGAAUCGCUGCCGGAAAAUGCCACCGACGGCCUCGAUUGCCUCCCAGACCCAAUCAUACUCAUAAUCUUCAACAAUAUUUCUGAUAUUAAAACCCUAAUCCGAUGCCGUGCUGUGUCACGCCGGUUCAACACACUUGUACCCCAAACGGACUCGCUCCUCCUCCGAGUCGACCGAGUUAUCUCCUCAGUUGACUCCGAAGACGACGGAGACGCCUCAUCCGUCAUAGGCUUCAUCAAAUCCAUUGUCAAGUCAAUCCAGGACCUAAUUUCUCCUCCUCAAGAUCAUUCGCUACAAAGCAAUAGCAAUCACCAUCAAUCGCAAAACUCUCCGGCGAUGAUCCUUCGUGGAUUUGAGAGGAUUAAAGAGCUUGAGAUCGAGCUGCCGACGGGAGAUCUGAGGUUAGAGAAACGAGCGGGGAUCAAGUGGAAGGCAGAGUUUGGGAAGACGUUGAGGAGCUGCGUGAUCUUAGGACAUCGUUGUGGCGGCGUAGGGGAAUCGGAUCUUGGCGGCGGCGGCGGUUUGAAGACGAGAGUCGUUUGGACGAUAAGCGCGUUGAUUGCGGCGUCUGCGAGGCAUUACAUGGUGAAAGAAAUUGUCAAGGAAAACCUACACUUGUCAAGAUUGAUAAUCAAAGAUAGGGACGGUGAAGGAACUGUGAUUAUCGAUGAAUCAGGAAUCAAAGAGUUUAGAGAAGAUAAAGGAGAAAAUCAAGACGAAGACGAAGCACAAAACGGUAACCUAAAUGCCGGUGGUGUAUGGUGGAGAAGUAACCGAACAAGAGUGCCCGCCGUCUGGAUGAGAAUGAGACACGAGGCAAAAUUGGAGCUAUCCAACGGUAUAACAAUGGAAGGUGCGACACUGGUAGUCGUGAGACCUACAAUGAACACAAUUGGUGUGGUCAAUGGCACCACGGAGGAAGCAGAAGAGGAGCAGAGGUGGGAUGAAGGAUUGGUGGCUGCCGGUAGUAGGUUUGACGGCGUCUAUGGAGAGGCCGUGGAGAAGCUGAUUAAACGCCGGAGUUAUCUCCUUGAAAUGAAUUCCUUCUAA